UCAAAUAAAAACAUCAUUGAAGGUUUGGGAGCGAAAAACAGAUUUCGAUUUGUAGCAACUCACUGCUUCGAAAGGAAAAUAAAUAAAAUAAAAUUCAAGUAAAUUUUAGAAGGUGUAGUGACUUGAAUUUCUCUUGAGUUGGAGCUCGAAGUUAAGUAAUGGCAGACGAAUCAUCGAGUUCAAUAAAGUUGAUGAACUUCGUCUCGGAGCAACAGUUAGAUGAAGCAAAAAGAACAAGAGGUGAACGAAUUGAAGAUGGCACUGCCCAAAGGGAUAGGCCUCUUUACGAGGUUUUUGUUUUUUCCACCCUCCAAUGGAGCUCAAAAAAUGUAUAUUUUCUUUUAUUGUUUUUAAAAACCCUUUUACUGCAGAUUUUGAAGGAGAAUAAAGACAAGAAAGAUGCAGAAUUUAAUGAACGGUUCAAACAUAGGCCACCCAAAGCCUUGGAUGAAGACGAAACUGAGUUUCUUGAUAAUUUGGAGACGUCAAGAAGGGAAUAUGAACAGCAAGUGGCUGAUGAUGAAGCUGAACAGUUGCGAAGUUUCCAAGCAGCAGUGGCAGCACAGUCAAAUAUUGUGCAUGAACUAAAAGAAACACCACCUGUCCCUGCCGACCAGGAACAAAAAUCAGUUGGGAGGAAGAAUCCAGCAGCUCGCCCUCUAGGUAUGAUCAUAAAAGUCAAGCCACAAGCAAAAAAGGCAAAAAUUGACCAGGAGCAAGAACUGCCAAACACAAUGAAAGCACCUAAUGUUGAUACAUUGAAAACUCCAAAUCCAGUGAACACACUUAAUGGUGAUACCAAUAAUCCCCCUGAUGUUGUUAAGACAGGUCUUGUUUCAUACAGUGAUCAAAGUGAAGAUGAUUAGUCUUUCUAUUUCUGUUA